GCAUGGUAUUUAAAUGGAAGGCAAUUCCAUGACCGGGAGUUAUAAAUAUAUCCUUGGGCGUAGCGUCCAUCUUGGUCUUGUAAAAGUAUGUUAUUACAAAAGCGCUUCAGGAAUCUAUUUUAGACCUGCAGAUAAGCUCGAAGCAGCAGGUCAGAAUGUGUGACAGGGAUCGGAAAAUGUUCCUUCUUAUGUUGCUGAUAACGGUCCUACCAGAGUUAUGUGAUUCUGGGCCUGAUCAGGAAUGUAGCUUUGAUAUACCUACCUUUACCGGGAGUUUAGGAAAAUAUUGUGAGGAAACUCUGCAUUCGUUGAACUGCAGUGUCGGCCCAAGGAGAAAUAUUGAUAAAGACACUACACUUCAAUGCAAGAUCAAAAGAAUGCAAGGUUGGGAUGCGUACCAGAAAACUCUGGGGAAUUUAAGCCUAUGUCAAUACGAAGACUGUGAACCGGCCCAGCUUGUGUCGUUAGAAGUGGCCAGAAUAAAACAAAGGGGAUACCUUGAUGAAGUAAAUUCUUGGCCAGCUAUCCAGCUUAACUUUACAGUACCGAAGGCUACAACGGAGAAGCUGUUUUAUACCGGUGGGAUUUCCUUGACCUUUAGCAGUGAUUCACAAAUGACCAAUGGAGACUACAAUUUUGAUACGCGGUAUAGACUGUUGGAUUUUUCUAACUACAGUUAUUCAAGUCCUGAUAAUGAUAAAAGAUAUCAGAGAAUUCUGAGUUUUCCGUGUUUUGUCGGAUUCCAUCACGACCCCUGCCAAUCCGAUAAUUACAAAGUGUACACGUUAACAUUGAAAUCGUUUUCCAAAUUCAAAACCAACGAAGGAAGAACUCCAUUUACCGAAUUAUCCUACAACAUCACGAUAUACGAUUAUUAUGUUUAUCAUCCGUACAAGUGGAAAUCCACCAUCGCUGUUGCUUUCUUUCCGGGAGAAAAAGACGUGACGUUUUUGUUUGACCCAGCACCAGUAUCAGUGACGUAUUAUCAAGUCUCGUUGUUUAACGUUAAUGACAAUACAACCUACAGGCAUGAGAAGAUUGGACAGUCAACUAAGCACUGUUUUAAGGACGUAAUGGAGGGCACGUAUUAUAUCACAAUAAUGGUUAUAAGUGACGAACACGAUUGCUCAGAGAGUUGUAGAUUAACGAAAUCCCAUAUUUUUACUGUCGGAAAUCCAAACGUUAUGCGAACUAGGGUAACAUAUUACGACAGCAGUUCCUCGGGAAACAUCAGAGAUAUCAGAUUGAUAUUUACUGCCGUUGGGUGUGGCGUGGUAGUCGGUCUGGUGGUUCUUGGUGUUUUCUGUUACUAUCGAUGGAACACCAACAAACAGAUAAAGAAAUCAGGCGUGUACUCGGUUCCGAAGGUGCUCUUGGUAUACUCCAAUACAACACCAGAAUCCUGUAAUAUAGCCUUCGAAUUUGCCAGGUUUUGCAAGGAAAACCUCCACACAGAUAUCCUUAAUGAUAACAUAAAGCAUGAAAUGUCUAUUUCAAAUGACAAUAAAACUAGCGAACAUAUUUGCUCACACUGGUACAGUGAAAAACUAUCAAAGUCAUCGGCAGCAAUUAUUCUCUGGACGCCAUCAUAUAAACCUAAAGAAGAGGAUGAUCGCAAAAACUUUGAUGAAUUUGAUAUUGGUGUCAGACUAGCUCUGAAUUCAAAAGGUGAAGACGAUUUCAAAGCCAUGUGUGUCUACUUUGACGAAGCACACAGAAAAUCAAUCCCAACUGCCAUCCAAACUGAGGCUCGUGUUUUUCAUUUUCCUAAUAAAUCCAAGAAGUUUUGUGCGUAUGUACUUGGCCACAAAAUUUCACGACAUAUCCCCAUCAGCAAAGAACUCAGUGCUCUUAUUUGUGACUUGUCAUUAAAUACAAGAUCUAUGGGAACAAAACGUAAAUAUGCAAGUCCACAUCUUGAUGCCAUGUGUGAUGAGGAAACCAAAGAUAAAAAUAGAACAUUAGAGCAUGAUGUACGACACGAAUUCGUGGUCUCUAAAUCAGAAGAAACUGAAACUCACCCUUUGAUACCACAUGACGAUUUACAGAAAAUAUCACCAGAUAUCCACACAUCAAUUGAUUCAGAAAAGGAUUCGACUUCAUUCGAGAGAGAUAUACAGUGCACAAAUCUACGGUGCACAAAUCAACUGUGUCGGUGUUCAGAAACGUCGCAUGAUGUACACAGACAUGUACUAUCCAUGACGUCACCUGACAGCGUAUCAACGUUGCAGUUGUUUGGCUCUGGUGAAAUUCAAAAUCAUGAAUUUCUACGGCGGAGCAGCAAUGACAAUUCAAGUGCAGGCACGUAUUCAAGCUACUUAAGUAUAUCUCAUUUAAAAUUCAAAACAAUGGGGUCCACCCCAUAUGACAAUUCCUCCCAGUCAUCAGGGUACGUAUGUUGUAAAUCUAUAUCAUCAGCUUCUUCAUCAACACAUGAAUACGAAAGCAUUGCUCCUUCACGCCCUACACCCCACCAAUAUGAACGACUACAACCUGUGGAGGUAGAUUGGGACUCGAUUUCGGACAGUUUCAAAAUUCAUGAAGAUAGCAAAGAAGAUGCUCAUGUACACUCAGAAACAUUUUCUAUGAGUCCACUACAUACAAUGUCUCAACACCGAACAAUUGACUUUGAAAGUUAUAGCGUGUCCAGCGAAAGUAUACGGAGUUCGGAGAUUGAUCUUUCUCAAUUCACGUGACUUGAUGAGAUUUCCCGGAAUAUAUGCCAUGAAAGAGGUUCGCACCUGACAUUUGGAGUAAUGUCAAUUUUUUAGGAAGUGUAUUUUUGAUUUCUACAUUGAAGAAGAAUUAGGAAAUUAAAAAGAAAAACUGGGGUCGCAACGCUUGUUAUUAAGCUAUAGUGUUCUAAACAUGACAUUUUUGCACUUAAAAUUUAUUCAAUUAAACUUGAUUUUUCUGUUAGUGUCAACACAACAUAAGCAACACAAAUCAAUCAUUACUUAAAAUAGAUUCAUAAACAUGUCCUCUAACACUACAAAUGAAAAAAAAUUAAUACUAGUAAAGGAAAUAAAUAAUGACCUUUUUUUUAACUUGAUAUACGAAAAACUUUAUGAUAUCAAAAUUGAAAGUUUAAAAGGAUAUAUCAGGAGUAAUGUCAAUUUCUAAAAUUUUACAUAAUUUUCAAGAUCUGGUCUUCCAAUUUGAAAUGCAACUUUAAAAAGUGGGGGUUGGAGAUCAUACUUUUGAAUUAUUGGCGAAAAUACUGAUUUUUUUUUUUUUUUUUUUACAAAAUUUCGAGUAAAUUAAUUGCAACUUUUUCAAGAAUUGGUGCUCUGUUUGGAAAAAUAUAUCAACCAAGUUGAUAAAUUACAACAUUUGAACUAGUUCCAAGUCUCAACUACCUAUAUCAUAGAAUGUAAAACUGAAAUACGCGUAUAGCGGUAUAAAAAUAUUCGAUACAUUGGAUGAAACAGAAACUGUAAUAUCAUGCAGGGGCCCGUUUUACAAAAGAACUUACGACAAAGUCGCAAGUCUUAAAUUGUAUUACACAGUUAUUAGUUUGAAUGAAGAAAUUAAAACGUUUCUGAAACUUUAAAAUUUUCAACAUUAUUUCUUCACUAUUUUACAUUGGAGUGAAUUAUCUUACAAUAAGCCGGAGAAUUCCAAUAUGUAAAGUUGGUCGUAAGUCGUAAGUUCUUUUGUAAAAUGCACCCCAGAAUUAGAACUGUUUGAUUAGUGAAUCCUUCCGCCACAAAAUAUAGUCCUUGUCAAACCCUUUCAAAAUUUGAAUUGACACAAUUUUUUUAACUGGAUAGGGUUCAGCAAUAGAUGUGUAAUAUAUUUGCACCAAUGGGAUCAGUAUUGAACCAGUGAAUACUUAGUUGUAGCAUCCUGCACAGUUGUACUCAAAGACUCAGGAGCUAACUUCCUUAAACGAACUUUUUAACGAUGUGCUAUCUACAUAUUUCUUGCUCACUAUAUGGACGUAAUGAAAAUGUAAAAAGCGAUUGUUAAAUUACUGAAGCCAACCUACUCAGGUCAUGCAUUAUAAUCAGCAUAUAUAUUUGGCUAAGAUAUGGGGAUUACGGCGAGUGUGACUGUUCACUCGCGGAUGCUUACUCGUUUUAGGCACCUUAUCCCACCUCAUGUGUUUCCAGGGGUCUGUCUUUAACCUACUCUGAAUUUUGUAGUUUUAUUGGAUUUAUGAAAUUGAUCACUGUUCGUUAUCUUCGCAUUUUCAUAGUACAUCAAAUGACAAUUUUUUUGUUAAGAUGAUACGGCAAUAGACGUUCAUGUUCUAUUAUGUAAAACUGACAAUACAUAAGCAAUGUUAUACAUGUUUGCCCAAUUCUCUAAAAAAAAAAUUAUAUUCUCUAAUUUGUAUUCUUUAUAAGAGUAAUGAAAUUCAUCACUGUUCGUUAUCAUCACGUUUCAUGUUAUACAUCAUAUAAAAAUACACACAUUGGCCGCGGAUGAUAUUUUAAAAGCAACAUGUUGUCUGUCAUUUCAGUCCUAAUAACUUCGUGGUUUUUAUUGUUUCCAUGUUUUACGUUCCGUUCUCUCACAUAUAGAAGUUAUGAGAUUGAUCACUUCGUUAUCUUCAACUUUCAUAGAGACGUGUAGAGCAGUUAAAAAUUUUGAACAAUUAAUGACACCUUCGGCCAUCUAAAGUCGGGGGCGUCUUCAUUGUGCCUACGUCUAUCGUGACCUGUGACCUAUGUUUUAGGUCACAUUUGCAUGACCCAAUACUUUCGCUUCAAAUUUCGGAAGCUUUGUGAAGGAACAGACACUACCCCAUGUAUGUGAAACUCUUAGGAUUGACACGGAACCUGAAUCGAAUCCGAGAUAUCUCCGUUGCAGUCGCAAUAAGUUGGUUGUUCCUUUUGAUAAAGUGGUGUGUCUGUCUUUCGUUUAAUUUUGUUUGUCCGUAAAACACACAUUUCUCAAUGAUUUUAUUUGUAAUUCAAACAAACAAUUCUGAAUUUUGCUUGACGUUAAUUUGUGUGUCAUCCAAACAUGUCAUUCUGAAUUAACUUGUAUGUUUUUGAAAUACAACAGGGGAUGCUUACUCCUCCUACGCACCUGAUCCCACCUCUGGUGUGUCCAGGGGUCCGUGUUUGCCCAACUAUCUAUUUUGUAUUGCUUGUAGGAGUUAUGAGAUUGAUCACUGUUCGUUAUUUUCACCUUGCAUCUUUCUGAAUAAUUUUGUAUCUUAUUGAAGCACGACUUUUUGAAUACUGUUUUUUUGGAUAAAACUUUGCGUGGCUCUGAAACACGUCUUCCUCAAUAAUGUGUGUUAUUGAAAUGCAUGUUUUUUUUUAAUAAUUUCGUUAUUGAAACACGUCUUUGCUAAUAAUCAUGUUUGUUAUUGAAACAAUCUUUUCUGUAUAAUUGUGUUUGUUAAUAAAACACGUCUUCCUGAA